GCAUGUGGGAGGCUACCUACCUGGACAGCGAAGCCGCCAUGUUGAGGAGGGGGAUGCUACCUCCUCGCUGGUGUCGGCAAGUUCCCUCUCUUCCUCAUCCGUGCCCCUCUGAGCGCAGUGGCGGCGGAGGUGGCGUUUAAUCCCGAGUGUGAGUUCACGGCGGUGUGGCGGUGCGUUUCGGUUUCCCCUCCAGCUGUCUCUGUCCUUCGCCCGUUGCGCGCCAGCGUGCCAGCGCAUUCUUCGGGGACGACGAGGUUCAACUGCGCCGUGCGAGCUUGCGCACAAGACCUUGCGGGCCGUGCCGGCAGCGUUUCGCCGACGUUUCGGAUUGUGUGCGAUGAGGCAGCGGCGGUGAGGAGAGGAAAAAGAAGACGACGCCGUCGUCCCACGAUUGUGCGGUGCGCUGCUCCCCCGGCGAGCGACGAGCGUUGAGAGACGGUCGUGUACUGCGAGCAGCAGCGGCAUUCAAGACGGCGGCGCUUAAGCCUAAAGCGAUCGAAGCGGGCGCGAUCAUGGAGCCCAAGUACGAGUACGCGAGCGAAUUGAACCUCUACCAGGCCAACUACAUGCGCAACUCGAAGGCCAUCGGCGUGCUCUGGGCAGUGUUCACCAUCUGCUUCGCCAUCAUCAACGUGGUGGUGUUCAUCCAGCCGCACUGGCUCGGCGACACCAAGGAGUCGCGCGGCACGGGCCACUUCGGCCUGUGGCAGUACUGUCACCUGAUCCAAGACGGCCAGGACGUGACGUGCCAGGGCCGACUGGACGACUUCAGCUCGAUCCCGUCGGCGGCGUUCCGCGCGGCCACUGUGUUCGUCGGAUUAUCGGUUGUCAUGGUGUUGUUGUGCAUCUGCUGCAUGCUGCUCUUCUUCGUGUUCCACUCGUCAACUGUGUUCCACAUCUGUGGCUGGAUGCAGGUCUUCUGCGCUGUGUGCAUGGUGAUCGGCGUGCUCACCUUCCCGGCCGGCUGGGACGUGUCCGUGGUGCGAGACGUAUGCGGUCCCGAGGCUGGCGACUACGACCCGGGCCAGUGCGGCAUCCGCUGGGCCUACAUCCUCGCCGUCAUUGGUGUCGCCGACUGCGUCGUCCUGGCGGCGCUCGCCUUCGUGCUGGGCACGCGAUACGUCAAACUGCUGCCCGACCAGUACAUCUCCAACGGAUCCGUCUACAAGGGGGAGGUGAACAGCGCCUUCAUGGCAGACAACCAGUCGACAGCGUCGCGCAAGUCCAUGAAUCUGCAACCCGUGAUGCUGAUGCCUCAGCCAGGCGGCGGUCUGGUGCCGUCUCAGCACGAUGCCGACAGGUUCUCCGAAUACUCGCACCGGACGACGCGCUCCAAGGGCGGUCAAAACGCCGCCCCAAACUACCGCUCCGAGUACUCCACGUCCAUGCACAACUUCCAGCUGUAAAGAGUGUGUGCCUGCUGAGAACACGCGUCGCGCAGCCAUCGUGGUCACUGCAUACAAAUGACGCGCGGUGACACGGAGAUCACUGAGCUUCAGGUAUGAGAAACCAGGCGGCACCAGAGGAAUCGUCUAAAUGUAUAAGAUAGGUUCACGGUAACUAUGCUUAAGAAUGCCUGCGCCAACGGGCGUAUUAUUCGGGGCACGAAGCAGCGAUCAUUACUGAAAGUAAAAUGUUCUCCCAGCGGCAAGCCGUGACGUGAUAAGUACGCGUGUCUUACUAUUGUGCUGUGCACUUCAGUCCGGCACCCCAUAUAAGCAUUGAUGUUCUGCGCAUCUGUCUUCACUGCUUACAUCUACAAAGAAAAUCGUCCAGUAAAACUAAAUAAGAAAGCUUCCUGGAAAUCCCAUCUGCAAUCAGCCGAAGAUGGACCCGGCCAGGAAGUGGCGUUAUGGCAGCUGCAGCUUCGGCGUCCACGUGCUCGUCGGUGUAUGUGGGAAAAUGAAUGCGUCAUGCUACCAGGUCACAACGUACUUGACAAUUUCAUUAUCGGUUGCCGGCAAACCACGCUGCUGCCGCAGCGAAAAUGUAGUCUCUGCCCUGGUAUCAGGACUGACAGCACCGGCUUCGGCAUCGACGUGUACGUCACUAACGGCGAAAAGAUUUGUACCUCGUUCAAUGCACGGUGCCGCACGCCUCUCUCAACUUUUUUAUCUCCCGGCUGCGCCUAGUUUAGUAAAGUGUACGUCAUUUUCCUGGUAAUCAGCGCGAAGAAAGAAGCUCCGGCGCCGACUUGCGCACACACCGACAGCGACGACAGAAUUGCUGCGUCAUGCAUGUUAUCUACCAUAGGUCUCCUUCGUUUUCUUCGGCCAUUCCUCGCCGUUGGACCGCAAGCCUGUUUGCCGACUCAGGCGGUAUAUGCCCCCGUGUGUGUGUGUGUUCUGAUUCCUCCCCGCCGCUUCGCUCUGCUCCCCAGUGUGUUUGCUGUGUCGCAAAGACUGCAGACCACGAGUGUUUCCGUGCAUGUUGUGGGUCCUCCAGGUCCUCAGAACUGAAAAGAAAACGAGGUCUGGAGGGGCACGAACUUGUAUACUGACUGCCCGUUCCGCACGGUAUGUUCGUGUUCUGUUGCUUUUUUUUUUCAGUGUUACGGCGUAUCAUGAAAAAUCAAUAUCAGAAGGCAAAGCAAGAAGGACGGCGCCCGCUCGCAAUCCACUUUUCGUUGGAUUGGCCCGUGGCGAAGGAAGCCGCUGCCAACAAGGUCACUGUAGAAGCACCGGCUGAUGGCACACCUUAAUAAAGGUUCCAACUACGUGUAUGAGGGAAAAAUACAGACACGUUAAACAAAAAGAGAACAUCAACUCGGAGAAGGUUGAACUGUGCUUACUUUGACUGCUAUAUUCGUGUCAGUAAAAGAGUGUCGCUUCAAGGUGAGUUCAUUUCGUAUUCAUUAGAUUGAAUUGACUUUGUACUGACAGGUAGACGUAAGGAUGCUACGGCCGGAGAUGAAGAUUUUCAAGCCUUGAUUCGCUUUACAUAAAGCUUGAAAUAUGGCAAUGCAUUCAAUGAGUGCCUGUUGCAGCCCCAAGUAAAGAAAGAAAAAAACGUGGUAUUUGUAGGCGUUGAAACGGCCAGAAUGUUGCUACAGCGUGUCAGCUUCUGGCGUUAUGAUAACUCCUACUGAUCGAAAAGAAAUCGGGCCUUUUAGUACCACUUGCGAAAUGCUAAAAGAGACACAUGAAGGCAAGUAUCGGACUACAUAAGCAUUGUACGCGCGAUUAUCUGGAGUCCCAUAUACAAUGUUUACUGCGUAUAGUUUGGUUUUCUAGAAGUGUCUGUAGCCCUGUCGUUUUUCAGAAGCGGCUACCUUUGCAAUAAAAAGUAUUUUGUGUGUCUUUUGCUACGACAACACGUCAUUAGUGCUUCUAGUGCGCUUGGAUAUGAUUUGUCAUUACGUAGACCUUGUGAGAACAGAAUCACGUUGUCUAUACCGGGAAAGCUGAACUACCAUGCUUAGACUGGUCAUCGAUAAUGUAAAAAACUGCUCUAGUAUAUUCGUAUUUUGCUAAGUGAGUGCAUGAAUAUGUUAGAGCGUUGAUAGUGCUGUAGAAUACCCAGAAUGAUGAAACAUUUAAGAAACACCGACGUCUGGAUUGUAUGGUGCUUUCUUUAUCAGUUGUACAGAUUCACUGAUAUUGGCGGGAAAAACCUUACAUUCUGUUAUGCUUCUUUGGAAGCCACGUAAACUGUUAGGCGUGCUUUAUACGUGCGAGUCAUUUGAAAUGAGAGACAGCACAUUGAUGCUAUGUGUAUGCAUACAUAUCUAUAGCUGUAAGGAAGAAAAGAAAACUAACAUGACAGAAACUGUCGGAUGAGUGUGAUCAAGUGCACAAAAAUUUGACAGAAAUCUCACAAAUGGUGUACUUAAACACCCUCCAUAUUGAAGCGGCGUCUCGUGACAAGUUACAACACACUUAUUUAUUGCAGAUGCGAAAACACUUAUAAGCACGGCUCUCUGUGUAAGUCAAGCGUCUGUUAAGAAAACAAGGUUAAAAACCGUUUAGAAUCGGGCGAUGUCCUCAAAUGUAUUACUGCAUAAUACAUGUUCUUCUGCUAUUGUGAAAUAAUUCACGCAACAUUCCGUGCAGGUAGGUCACAAUGCACUACCAGAUUUUUUUUUUAAUGAGACUGUAAUGUUGACCUAAUUUAGUUGUUCAGUGCUCGCCGGUGUUUUUUUUUUUUUUGUCCUUUCAUAUCCACUACUUUCUCUUGUAGGCAUGAAUGCAUAUCUUUGUGUAUCUGUCCAUUGUAAAAUAUCACAUCACAUUAUUGAACUGAGCACUUCAUCGUAAAACAGUGAUCACAAGCACAAGACCUAGAAUAAUCUUUGCCAAACGCCAGCAAACAACACAGCGUGUAGUAAGUUGUGAACUGUUGCAUCGCUUUCGUGUCCGUAUACAUACGUACAUACACUAGAUAGUGUCUCGUAGUGGCCGGCGUAGCUGCAAUGAACUUAUUUGGGCCAGGCCGCAAGUCUUCCAAAAGUAGAUUGAGCCCGUCGACGUGCGUGUGGGCACAAAAUGUGUAAACCAACGUGGCCAAAGAAUUGUGUUACGCAGUACAUAGACACCACGAGCGUGCUUAUUACCUGCUUUUUGUACAUGCUGCGAAGACCGUUACAUAGAGGGGAAAAAAAAUCAUCUACAACUUCGUAUAGCUCAGCAAACACACACGCACGCGCACACACACACACCUCAAUCGUAACACACGCAUUUGGAAUCUAAACGGAGAUAUGUGUAAGACGAAGAGCGAAGAGUAGUUGUCGAUACUCGUACAAGUAUAUUUCUAGAGAAAAUGUGAAUUAAUACAGUAAUGUGAGUGUAGUUGUGCUUUUUUGUUAUUGUAUACUAAUGUACUUCUGCGCCAUGACUCUCGAAAUAAUAAAGUGUUUUAAAGAAUCGGA